AUGCCUAACGCGAAGCGCCUCAAAAACAGCGCCGCUGCAAAGGCCAAGGCACCCGCCGAUCACGAAGAACCUGCCGGCGAGCGCCCGACGCCUGCCGAAGUCGAGGAGGAGGAGCACCAAUUCGUGCAGGUGGCACGAGCGCAUUGGUUGAAGAAGACAAAGAAGACGACCAAGGUCAAGGUCAAGAACGAUGUCAUCAAGCAAAGCAUCUGGGAGGUUCUCGAGCGAGAUGGCUUCCAGUACAAGUCAUUGCUUCUCUUGGAAAGCUUGCAGACGCUGGAAAGCUAUCUAUGGCCCGGAUAUACAGAAGAAGCAUCAAAUUUCCACGUCCUGUUGAUGGCGUUGAUCAUCAACGUUAAGCGCAGAGAGCACCUCGAGACUUGGACUCUGUUCGAACAGAACCCCGAAGAGUUUUCCUCAUUCUUCCGUCGCGUACUGUCGCUGACGCUCGAUCGAACGCUUGCGACAACCAUUCGAACGAAUCUGCUUUGCUUCCUGAUCCAUGCAUUCCAAAGCUUGGACUCGAGCAUUGUGAGACGAGACUGCGCCCCGCUGGUUUCUAUCGGUAUCUGGCACAACAUCUCAACAGACCAGGAACGCGACCGACUGUUGGACCAGACCCCGCAGUUGAGGAAAUCUUGGAGGGCGGCCCAGAAGCGCUUCGACGCUGGCGACGAUACGAUCAAAGCUCGUCUACGUUUCGAGCGGUCCUGGCUCUACACUCUUCUUCUUGAUUUUCUAAGCUUGCUUUACGAACAGAAUCGCAAACCAGAGCAAGAUCUGUAUUGCGAACGCUUCAUCGAAUUUAUCACAGAUUUGCAGAGCCAGUUACCAACAAGGCGAUAUGUAAAUGCUCUGCAAAACGAUCUGAACCUCCUUCCGGCGAUGAAACUCUCUCCCAUGUACAAUGACGAAGCGAACGACCUCUUCCGCGAUCUCCAAGCUCUGCUUGCUCACUUCACAUAUUUUGCAAUUGACGACCAAACGGGAGCCCAACUGACUCGGGAAGAGGCCUACGAGAAACACUGCAAGUCGCUUGGCAAGCUGCAGCGCACCGCCCUCAAGUACUUCAAGGAGAAGCUCACGGUCCUUGCCCUCUCCAACUACGGUUCCAUCGACAAACGAGAGGACCUGAAAAGUCUCCUCGACGCGCUGACAGAUGAGGAGGUUGCGUCACUCGCUGGGUAUCUUGGCAUCAGAACAACAUACCCAGAGAACCUGAAACUCCGAACAGGCCGUCAACUACAACUAGAGUGCAUGCUGACCACCUUUGAGCGGAAAAAGACGUUCCAGGAACUUGCCCAGACCCUGUCGGCUGUCCCCACGGAAAAGACAUUGUUUGAUGCCAGCUUCCAAAGAGCAGACUCCUAUGACGGAUCGCAUCCGCUCGCCUUGCCUAAACUGAACCUACAAUACCUGUCCGCAGGAGAUUUCCUUUGGAGAGCCCUUGUUCUUUACCGGUGCGAGGCUUUCUAUGGCAUCCGAAGAGAUAUCGAGACGACGCUCCGCCGGCUCAGACCAGAGACCAAAAAGCCAGGCGAGACGCAUUUCGCUGGAACCUCCAAGAUGGCUAUGUCAAUCUCCAAGCCGGCGAUCCUCGAGGUUGUACCUGCACUGAUUGGCGAUUCGAAGCCUUCCAUGGUCAAGGCCGAAGUCUCAUUUGAUGUGCGAAGGCUCAACGAAAACGUCCGCAAGGAGUGGGACUCCCUCCGACCAGACGAUGUGGUAUUCCUGCUGUCAGUGGAGCCGCCUGCCAAUGAUGCUAUUACAAACGGAGCCCCCCUGAGUGAACUGGAGAAGAUUGGAGUUGUGUCAGUGCGUGCUGCCGAGGUCAUCCACAUUAGCGAUGACAAGGGGCGUCACGGACAGGAACCUAGAAGCCGUGACGGCAAGCGUCGUAUCGAGCUGAAGCUUGAUCCCCACACAUAUACAAAGGAUGCAGCCCUGGCUGCUGCAGGUAAGGGAGACGUGUAUGGCAGUGUGAACCUGCUUCUCAGAAGAGGCCGUCGUGAAAACAACUUCAAACCGGUUCUCGAAUCUAUUCGAAACCUCGUUCUCUCUGAUGCGCCUCUGCCUAGCUGGCUGCAUGAAGUGUUUUUGGGCUAUGGCGAUCCAGCUGGUGCAAGCUACAAGAAUUUGCCGAACCGAAUCAAGACGGUCGAUUACAACGAUACGUUCUUGGAGUGGCAGCAUCUCAUCGAAAGUCUACCAGGAAAGAUCGUGGAGCCGAGCGAUGAUGUGGACGGUAGUUUCGGGCCACCUUACGUUCUGAAGACACUGGACAAGCCCGAAGUCCAGGCACCAGCCAAGACUUCAAAGAAGAGGCGCCGUGACGCCGAGCCUAUAACGGCAGUGGAGGCAGAGACGCUCAAAGUUACCACGUAUAAGCCACCAAACCAGGGCCCUUACCCGAUCGACGCACCCAAACUAAACUCUGUUCGUUUCACGCCAGCUCAGGUUGAGGCUAUCAUGUCCGGUUCUCAACCUGGCUUGACGGUCGUUAUCGGACCCCCAGGAACGGGCAAAACGGAUGUGGCGACUCAGAUCAUUCACAACAUCUAUCACAACUUCCCCAAGCAAAAGACGCUUCUGAUUGCCCACAGCAACCAGGCACUGAAUCAGCUCUUCGCCAAGAUCAUCGCUCUCGAUAUUGACGAAAGACACUUGCUUCGACUUGGCCACGGCGAAGAGGAGCUUGCCACUGAGGGAAGCUUCAGCAAGCAUGGCCGUGUCGACUCAUUCCUUGAUAACCGUGCCCGCUUCUUGUUCGAAGUCAGAAAGCUUGCCAGCAGCCUAGGCGCCCCUGGUGCCCACGACAACUCUGCUGAGACGGCAGGAUACUUUAAUACGGUCUACAUUCAGCCGGCCUGGAAAAAGUUUGAACAUGUCAUCGCGUCGGAAGAAUCGUCAGCGGCACAAAUCAUCGAAGCUUUCCCAUUCCACGGCUAUUUUGCGGAUGCGCCCCAGCCACUCUUCCCACCAGAGGCUGAGCGUGACCAGAUCAUUGAUGUUGCAGAAGGUUGCUACAGGCACAUUGAAAAGAUCUUCUCCGAACUGGCCGAUAUUGUGCCGUUCGAAAUCCUGCGCCGGGAGCGAGACAAGGCCAAUUACUUACUGACGAGCGAGGCGCGCAUCGUUGCCAUGACCACGACACACGCCGCCAUCCGGAGGGCAGAGAUAGUUGCUCUCGGCUUCCACUAUGACAACGUCGUGAUGGAAGAGGCUGCCCAAAUUACAGAGAUUGAGACGUUUAUUCCGCUGGCCAUGCAGAAGCCUGUCAAUGGCAAGGUGCCUCUCCAGAGAGUUGUCUUGUGCGGUGAUCACUUCCAGAAUUCACCUGUCAUUCAGAGUCUUGCGUUCCGCCACUACGCCAACUUGGAGCAGUCGCUGUUCUCACGCUUUGUUCGGCUUGGCGUGCCGACAAUCUCGCUUGAUCAGCAAGGCCGUGCCCGCCCGUCCAUUGCCCGCCUGUACCAGUGGCGCUACCCGAAGCUAGAUAAUCUACCUGAUGUGAGCGUCAACUCCGAGUUCAAGCAAGCCAACGCCGGCUUCAAGUUUGACUUUCAGUUCAUCAACGUACCGAAGUACAAGGGCAAGGGCGAGAUGGAGCCGACACCGCACUUUAUCCAGAACCUAGGCGAGGCCGAGUAUGCUGUUGCCAUCUACCAGUACAUGCGACUUCUCGGAUAUCCGUCAGACAAGAUCAGCAUUCUCACAACGUACGCCGGACAGAGGGCGCUUGUUAGAGAUGUGCUGUCGCACCGCUGCGCGAGAAACCCGAUCUUUGGCAUGCCCAAAGCUGUUGCCACGGUGGACAAGUACCAGGGAGAGCAGAACGACUAUGUCAUUCUUUCCCUCACUCGCACGUCGAGGGUCGGAUACCUGCGCGACGUGCGCCGCAUGACCGUCGCCAUGUCGCGCGCCCGCCUCGGCCUGUACAUUCUCGGACGCCGCGAGAUCUUCGAGGCGUGUCACGAGCUGCGGCCGGCGUUUGACAUUCUCCUGUCGCGCCCGGACAAGCUGAUGCUCGUGACGGGUGAGCUGUGGCCCACGCAGCGCCCCGCCGCCGCGGAGGAGGACGGCCCGGUCGAGAACGAGGUCGCCAUGGAGGGCGUAGAGCACCUGGGCCAGUACGUGUUCGAGAUGACGAGCACCAGGACGAAGCAGCUCGAGGCGGAGAAUAGGAUGGUGGACGUGGUGGAGCCGAUUGCCGAGGAACUGGAGGAGGAUGACGGCGGCGAGGUGGAGGGGGAGACUCAGGCUACGUACUACGAUGAUGUGGUGGAGCCGGAUAUUCAAGAGAUUCGCGAAGGAGAGGCGAACUAA